CAGAGCUCGAAUCUGGACGGGUGGGCGAGGCCUGGACGGGGCGCGGUGGCAUAUCCCGGCGCGGGGAGCAGCGGCUGCACUUCUCACAGUGGAGGGGGGUGGUGUUGAGCUGCUGCUGUGGUCUUAAUAUCUCACGACAUGUAUUUCCUUGGACUGUUGUCUUUGCUUGUUCUGCCAAGCAAAGCCUUCAAGACAAAUUUUCCUGAUGAAACUAUUGCCGAGCUUUCUGUGAAUGUUUACAAUCAGCUGCGAGCUGCAAGAGAAGAUGAGAAUAUUCUUUUCUGUCCUCUGAGCAUUGCAAUAGCCAUGGGAAUGAUAGAGCUUGGAGCCCACGGAACUACUUUGAAAGAAAUUCGACAUUCAUUGGGUUUUGACAGCUUAAAAAAUGGUGAAGAGUUUACCUUUUUGAAGGACCUUUCUGAUAUGGCAACUUCUGAAGAAAGUCAUUAUGUUUUGAAUAUGGCUAACUCUCUCUAUGUUCAGAAUGGAUUUCAUGUCAGUGAAAAAUUCUUGCAGUUGGUGAAAAAAUACUUUAAAGCUGAAGUAGAAAACAUAGAUUUCAGCCAAAGCGCAGCUGUAGCUACCCACAUCAAUAAGUGGGUAGAGAAUCAUACAAACAAUAUGAUCAAAGAUUUUGUGUCAUCAAGAGACUUUAGUGCUCUAACUCAUUUGGUUCUCGUCAAUGCAAUCUACUUUAAAGGCAAUUGGAAAUCACAGUUCAGACCUGAGAAUACAAGAACUUUUUCUUUCACUAAGGAUGAUGAAACUGAAGUGCAGAUUCCAAUGAUGUACCAGCAGGGAGAGUUUUAUUAUGGAGAGUUCAGUGAUGGCUCUAAUGAAGCAGGUGGCAUCUACCAAGUUCUAGAAAUACCAUAUGAAGGAGAUGAAAUUAGUAUGAUGAUUGUUCUUUCCAGACAAGAAGUUCCACUGGUCACAUUGGAGCCACUUGUCAAAGCCUCAUUGAUUAAUGAGUGGGCUAACUCGGUCAAAAAGCAAAAAGUCGAAGUAUAUUUACCAAGGUUCACAGUAGAGCAAGAAAUUGAUCUGAAGGAUGUAUUGAAAGGUCUUGGAAUUACAGAAGUGUUCAGCCGUAGUGCUGACCUCACUGCCAUGUCUGAUAACAAAGAACUCUACCUUGCAAAGGCAUUUCAUAAGGCUUUCCUAGAAGUUAAUGAGGAAGGAUCAGAAGCUGCUGCCGCCUCAGGAAUGAUUGCCAUAAGCAGAAUGGCAGUACUGUAUCCCCAAGUUAUAGUAGAUCAUCCAUUUUUCUUCCUGGUCAGAAACAGAAGAACAGGUACUGUGUUAUUCAUGGGGCGGGUAAUGCACCCUGAAGCAAUGAAUACAAGUGGCCAUGACUUUGAGGAGCUUUAACUACUGCCAGCUACCAAAAUGAAGGAAAAAGCACAUCAAGUUUGAAGUUUAUGUAUUUAAGGUUUGCUGUGUUCUCCCCCCCACCCCCUAAGAUAUUGUUUAAAAUGCUUUCAGAUCUAUGUGCAAGUGAGUUUCCAGAGGAGAAGUUCACAGUAUUAAAAUAAUGGUUUUGUUUUUGUUACUGUGAUUGCCGUGUCCUUAAAAUAAAAUUGUGUACAUGUCGACAACUGUUUCUUGUUCUAGUGAAUUGUAAAGUAAAAAAAGUCUUGCAAAUCCAUAAUUCCUGAAUUGUUUACAGUGCAGAGACUUACUGGAUCGAUGAGACAGGAGUACAAUGUGCUCAGCUCUGAGUAAUCAAAUGACAAACCUUCAUGAUUUAUAGUUGAGCUACAUCUGGAAAAUGUAAUCUUGUAAUAGUAAACAGACUGCAGUGUGCUGUCUCAAAGUUAAUGGGAGAAUCUAAACCUAAUGGAUUCUGUCUGAGAACUGUGGUAGACUGUGUAAACUCCAACAUCUGGUUCUAAAAUGCUGCUUUUAUGAAUGCUCCUGCAUGCAACUCCGUGAUUCACCUUCCGUAAGUGUUGAUACCAAUAAAGUUUGAUCGCAUGAGUAUUUCAAGCCAGUCAGUGUAGAAUAGCUCUGUAUGUCCAAAUUAAAAUAGUUGAACAGUCACACUGUGUGAACAUUUUUCUCCCCAAAAGUAAUUGUUCUGCUUUUAACCCGAGCUUUACAGCAUCUCACUUUGGUGGUUAAGAAUGAUCUUAAACAUUUUCUGUAUUUUACUUUAUUUUCUUAAUUUGUGUCUGAAGAUGUUUAAUUCAUACAGAACAGCAUAAUACUAUUUGUUCCCUAAGUUUUUGUGUGUUGACAAACAAAGGAGAAUGACAUUACAAGUAAAUGUUACCUUGUGAACUAAUUGUAAUUUCCAUUUUCAAGUGAUCAGCAGGCAGGCAUAUAAUUCCAUUCCUCACAGUGCUAAACAUGAGAUGAAUAGAAGUUAUCAACAAGGUAAGAGAAUAGGAAAAAAGGGUGAAGGCUUUUGAAACAGCAUAAAUAUGGACUUCUAGAUAAGUGGGACUUCAGUCAAUAGAAGCUUUGUCUUUUACAUUCCAUGGGAACAUAUAUUGGCUAAUUGUAACUUUUACUAAGGGGCUUCUCUGGUUUGUAUUCAGUUCAAAACAGACUAGAUACUGCUAACAAAGCUAUUCAUGCAAGGAGAACUUGCCAGGUUUGACACAUUGUUCGUUCUUUUAUCCUGCUGGUACAAAUCUUCCAGGACAGGGCUACAAAGUGAUGAAUGAUCUCUGUGGAGGCUGGUUAAACUGCCUCAGACAAAGGGCAUUUGAGCACAUAUCAAGCCUCACCUCCUUGAACUGUUUAGAGCUAUAGCACGGAUGAAAAAUGAAGCUCCAUAGUAGUACUUCAGGUACUUUGUUGUUUCAUAUUACCUAUAGUGUAUAUUAGUCUUAAUUCUGAAUUUUUUUUUUUAAUUGAAUUUAAAUUAUAAUCUUAAUACUGUACAGGUGAGAGAUACAUUUUACACUUGACAUUCUCUUUGCCUCCAAAGUAGAAGCGGAACUACUUAAACCAAAAUAGAGGCCUAGUCUCAGAGUAAGUCCAGCUCCUUUCAUGCAGUUACAGAAGGGCUGGUUCUAAAUGUUCAGGUGAUAUACAGAGAACCAUUUAACGCAUCUAAAAGUAACCAGUAUGCCAAGGAUCUCCUACAUUUUUGACCUUGUCAUGAGUCUGAGUUUCAUGCUGUUAUAUACAUCUUAGGCAAUUUUUGCGGUGCUUUUUGAAGCACCUCAUUGUAGAGGAAUUUAUUGUAGAAAGAUAAGAAAAAAGCAGGUAACUCUCAGUUGAACUUAUUCCUAGUUCACUGAAAGGUCUUCCUGGCUGAUUUUGUCAUCUUUACACUAGGUUCUCACAGUGUAGGUGCUCCUUACCAAGGGAAGACUUUGAAGAUAGACUUGACCUAAAGGAAGGACAACUGCCAGUCAGAAGGAUAUCAGGCAAGUGCAUGUAGAGCCCUAGCAGUUAGUCUGAAUGUAGGUACUAAUUGGAAUAAGGCAGUCUCCUGUGCCAAGUCUGAAUCUGCUAAUUGCCUCAAUGGGCAUAUUAGAAAGCAAGCAGUAACAAGAGUGCAAACACUAGCUAUCUCCUUUCAUAUUUGCCUAGUUCUAGCAAAACAGUUAUUUCCUGGUUUUUUGGAAAUAAACAAAUGUUUUCCAGUAAUCUGAAUGGGUUUAUUACCAAAUUAUGAUGUUUGCAAAGAGAGCAGUUCUCAAACUAUACUUUUUUUUCAUUGAUAUCUUAAGUAUUGUUGCCAGUCUAUUGAGAUACAUAAUGUUCCAUUGUGUUUUUAAUCUAGAUUUUGUAUAUUCUUUUCAGUGGUACUAUUGCUUCUGAGCCAAGACUAGCAAUGAUUCUUUUUGUCCUAUUGGUUUUGUGGUAAGGGGGGGUUUGUUAGUGUCCCAUAUGCGAGUUUAGGUGUGUAGUUCUUUAAAGUUUUGUAUUUUGUGUUGGGGGUUACAUCAAAAAAUAAAUUCUGAAACUCUA